AUGCUGGAAGUGAGCGAAAAUCAAAUUGUUGCUAUAGGUCGUGUUUUAAACGACAAGAAUCGACCAUUGAAAGAAAGAUUUCGUGCAUUAUUUACUUUAAAAAAUAUUGGUGGUUCUAAAGCUAUUGAACAAAUUCGCAAAUGUUUCAAAGAUGAAUCAGCUUUACUAAAACACGAACUUGCAUAUUGCCUUGGUCAGAUGCAAGAUCCUUAUGCUAUACCCAUUUUAAUAGAGGUAUUAAAAGAUGUUACACAAGAGCCAAUGGUUCGCCACGAAGCAGGUGAAGCUUUAGGUGCAAUUGGUGAAACUAGUGUAAUACCAAUAUUAGAAGACUACAGUAAAGAUUGCGUACCAGAAGUAGCAGAGACCUGUCAGUUAGCAUUAUGUCGAUUGCGAUGGUUAAAAUCAAAUUAUACUCCAGUAAAUUUAGAAAAAAGUCCUUAUAUGUCAGUAGACCCAGCACCACCAGCUGAAAUAUCUGAUGUUGAUAAGUUAAGGGAUAUCCUCUUAAACGAAACCAUUCCUUUAUUUGAAAGAUAUCGAACUAUGUUUUCCUUAAGAAAUAUACGUACACAAAAAAGUAUCCUUGCGCUUAGCGAAGGUUUAAAAGCAGGCAGUGCCUUAUUUAGACACGAAAUAGCUUUUGUUCUUGGACAAUUACAGGAAGAAAUUUCUGUACCAUACCUGAAAGCUACUUUAGAGGACACAGAAGAAAAUGAAAUGGUACGACACGAGUGUGCAGAAGCAUUGGGUUCCAUUGCAACUCCAGAUUGUUUCAGUAUAUUGAAUAAAUAUCUGAAUGAUAAUAAAAGAGUUGUACGAGAAAGUUGCAUAAUUGCAUUAGAUAUGUGCGAGUAUGAAAAUAGUUCAGAGUUUCAAUAUGCAGACACGUUAGGAAGAGUUACUGCUUGAAAUUGUAUUUCUAUGUAUUUGUAAAUAAACCAGCAUUCUAUACGAUAAA